GAAGAGUGUUGAUCGUGUGUGGUUAAUUUGCCUUGUCGCGUUUGCCUUGUUUCCCAUACAUUCGUGUUUGUUGAUAAAAAAAAUGUGAGCAGGCGGAAAAGAAAGAGAAUUUAAAUGUCAAGGAUUUAUUUAAUAUUAAUACGAUCUGCAACAAACGGUGAAACAAAAGCAAAACUAAUUUUUUAAACAAAAUUAUUUUAAACAAAUAUACGUUAUUUAUUUACUAAAAUGAAUUAAUCAUGCAAAGUUGAGUUAAUCAAGUGAAACAAAAUAAAAAAAAAAUUAAAUAACCUUCACACAAAAAAAUUGAGAGUUUACUAUUAAAAAGUCUUCAGAUUUGUAACGUAACUAUCAAUCACCCCACGAGACAGAACUAGACUUGCCAUACUAAAUAGUUUAUUUGUACAAUUGAGUCUAUUAAUCAGCAAGCUGUUUGGUGUUUUCGAUUUAGUGACGCAUCAUACCACACUCAGCUGUGGUUUGUAUCGUAUUUGGCUUCCAUUAAUCGUCCAUAUCAUCAACCACUGCCAUGGAUUUCGAUCAGAUACUAGCUAAAUGUGGUGACAUGGGCCGCUAUCAAAUACUUCUAUUAGGUUUCUUUGGUAUUGUGAAUGUCAUCGUAUCGAUGCACUAUUUUACUCAAACUGUGAUUAGUUUUGUGCCCGAUCAUUGGUGCUACCACGAACAAUUUGCUAACAAAACUUUCGAUGAAAUAGCAGCUAUUUAUGCUAAAUAUCCGAGUCCUUCCUGUACACGUCUGGAAAUAAAUGGCACGACUAUUACACCGAGCAGUGAAAAAUGUGAACGUUGGAUCUACAAAUACGAUUACGGUUAUAAGAGCAUGAACACUGAGUUGAAUUGGGUUUGUGAUUCAGCAUACAAAGCCCGAGUGGGACAAUCAUUAUUUUUUAUUGGUUCCGUAGUUGGAACCUUACUUUAUGGACUAUUAUCAGAUAAAAUCGGAAGGCUACCAGCUUUGAUAUUAUCUAAUCUGUCCGGUUUCUUAGGGGAUUUUGCUACAAUUUUUACUACAAACGUUACCACGUUCUCGUUUUGUCGUUUUGUGUCUGGUUUAGCUGCAGACACAAAUUUCUAUCUAAUGUAUAUUCUUGUAUUAGAAUACAUCCGUCCAUCAAUGCGAACGCUGGGUCUUAAUAUAUCCGUAGGUAUUUUCUACACCAUCGGUCUUGUAUUUACACCUUGGCUAGCGGUAUUGGCUGGUCACUGGCAAUAUUACUUAGCCUGCACAUCCAUACCCAUUCUUUCAGUUGCAUUUUACUAUUUUGUAGUGCAGGAAAGUGCACAGUGGUUAGUAACUCGCAAUGAUUUAGAUGGUGCUAUCAAGCGUUUGAAACGAGUGGCACGAUUUAAUGGACGCAAAGUAAACCCAGCUGAGUUCGAAGAAUUUCGUAAACAUUGUGAUAAACAGCGUAUGAAACUAGGCGGUGUUGAUCAGAAACAUUCUACGCUAUUUGAUAUGUUUCGCACACCAAGAAUGCGAAAACAUACUCUCAUACUUUUUUUCAAAUCGAUGGUUAUAACGCUUUGUUAUGAUGCAGUCUCCCGUAAUGUGGAAGGCAUGGGUAUAUCUCCUUUCGUAAUGUUCUCAGUCAGUGCCUUUGCUGUGUUGCCUUCGAGUAUAAUGGUUAUCUUAUUGCAAGACCGAAUCGGUCGUAAGGGAAUGGCAGCUGGUUCGUUGCUUGUAGGUGGACUGUUUACGUCUGCAGCUGGUAUUGCUAUUGCAUACCAACAAAAUAAUCAUAAUGCAUUACUCUUGGCAAGUCUGACUGUAGCGGCACGUUUUGGUGUAGCUAUAUCUUAUGAAUCUGGAUCUCAAUAUGCUACGGAAUUGAUACCAACGUGUGUACGUGGUCAAGGUGUGGCUGCAGUGCAUGUAGCUGGUUUUGCUGCUUCUUUUCUAGCACCAUAUAUUUUGUACUUAGGGACGUUCUUUAAAGCAGCUCCGUCCAUCAUUUUAGGAGUACUAUUUUUCUGUGGUUCAUAUGUUUGCCUACUUUUGCCCGAAACAUUAAACCGCACUUUACCGAAAACCAUUGAAGAGGGUGAAGUGUUUGGUAAAGGUGAACGUAUGUUUGAUUUUCCUUGUUUAUCCAAAGGCACUGAAGAUUCAGAUGAUGCAUGCGAGAUGGAGCCUAUGAAAAAACAGGAGCUUUGAAUGCUUCCACUGUUAAUUGCAGUCUCUCAUAAAAAUUACAAACGUAAAAACCACAUUUAAAUCGAAGCACUUAAUUUCCUUAAUAAUUAGUAAUAAUUAAUAGUUAUAGUUUAGAUAUUAAUAGCAAACUUAAACAAAUAUAUUAGGUUUUAAGACGCGAUUAGGUACUUACUUGAAUAAUUGGAACUACUAUUUACUUAAUUACGUACGUCUAAACGGAUUUUAAAUGAAAAUGAUCUAUUAACUCAACUAACAUGCCUUCAAAUUUAGGGAACAUAUUAAGCAUAUUUUAUGCAAGAAAUUGUUGAGAAAAAAGGCUGUUGACUUAAAUUUAAAUAUGUUCAAAUAUUUAGCAGCAGCUUCGUUUCUAACUUUUUCGAAUUGUAACAUUUGAUGAACUUAGUGCUUGGUCAAUAACAUAGAAAUAUAUUUCUAUGUUUUUGACUGUAUGUUAAUAACAGCAAGUAGCUGAUUGUAAAAUAUAAACUGAAGAAAAAAACAAAUUUAAUAAUAGUGCAUUAGAAUUUUUUUUAUUUUUUAUCUGAUAUAAGUUAAUUUCAAUACUUGAUUUUAUUUUUAAUUAUCGGAAACUUUACGCCAAAAGUAUCAGUACACAAAUAAG